AUGGAGGAGAAAAAUCUGGGUUGGCUUUCAGGAUACAACAAGGUCCAACAUAGUAUAGGAACAGAACCAUUCUUUGUGAGACAAAUUAAAGUUCCCACUGGUGGUGAUAUUCAGCUUGGAGAUGAGGUUCCAAAUGUCCCAAUUAGAGAAUUUAAUGUUUAUUAUAGCAGCACAAAUUACAGUGAUCCUCUUUUGGUUUUGCUUAAUAUUAGGCAACUAGGUGAUGUCAAAGCUCUAAAGUAUGUUCCUGAUAAGUAUAUGCUAUCCAAGAACUACGAUGCUAUUACUUGGGACAUUCGUAGAAUUGGUAGCUCUCUAAAUGACACAGAACUUGAAGAAGUACUUGGUGAAAUAUAUUCCAAAAAUAAGCUUGAUGUUGGAGAACUUAAAGAAGAUGUUCAAAAAAAGCUCACAGAUAUUACAAAGGAUCUCAAUAUUAACCUCAGUGGAAACUUUCCAGCUGAACAUGGUAAUUCUGUUGGAAGUUAUGAUUCGGGAGGUAAUAAGAUUUACUACAAGAAGUUUACAGACCAUGGGUAUACCAGGAUUAAGCAGUGUUAUACAUUAUAUGAUUUCACUGUCCAGGAUAUAAAAUUUGAUGGAGAUCAUACAAUAGAAACAAGUAAUCUACCUCUUAAGGAUACUCCAAUAAAGACUUUAGAGGUCUAUUACAAAGAUACUUCAUCCACUAAUGAUCCUCUUAUGAUAUACAUUUUAUACGGUGAUUAUAGACAGAGAUGGCUCUAUAGAUAUUCCGGAGAUCUUGUCUGGACUCUAGUCGGUGGUGAUGGACCGUCUGCACAAAGUUCUAUGAAUGAAAAGGAUAUUAUUAAAAUUCUUGGUGAAAGAACAAUUCCAAGGGUUUCAAUAGAUCUCACUAAAACUAAUGGAAGCUAUACACCUACUGGGAACACUCUUACCUUCACUGUUUCUAUCGAGCACAAUCCUGCUAGUUCAGGAUUUUUCCAGUUUAUACAUACUAGAUCAGAGAACAAAAAGUUUAGAAUCAUUCAAAUUACCCAUAAUGGAGACCAUUUAUACGGUAUAUACUCCGAAGAAGUCCUAGCUUCUGUAAGCGGAUUUUACCCUGACUACACACCAUCAGAUCCAACCAAACUCUUAAUGGUUGAAAUUGUGGAUAAAAGUCAUAAUUAUACAUACUAUUACAGGGCUAAGAAUGAGAGUAAAUGGGUAAAGUUGGAAAGGAAGGGAACUGAGAAGUUAGAGAAUAUACAUCUCCGAAAUCAACUCGAAAAAUUAAAGAAAGAAUCUUCUGAUGGUUCAGUAUCAGAACUUUCAUCUGGCUCAUCUCCUUUCAACAAACCAGGUGCGAUAAGUGGACUAAUUGUGGGAUCUCUGGUUCUAACACUCGCCGCCGUUCUUUUAGUGCGAAGGUAUAGAUAUAACGCAAGGAUUCGGUUGUUCAAAAAUCACCCUCUAUUAUAG